AAUAAAGUCUCGCGAUGCUGCUACAGUAUCCACCCUCGCCUCUUUUCUCGCAUCUGUCAACUCUCAUCCGCAUGCAUCCACACAUCACCCACACCCACACCCACACCUCACUCAACUCGAGGUCCAAAGCAGGAAGGAGCACGCACCACCUCCGGUCCUCCACAUCACAUCCAUGCCAGCCCAGCCAAGACAAAGGCACCCACAGGGAUUGUGGGUGAGGCCAAGAAUCCAGGAUAGCCCUCGCUGUGCUAGCACUAGUACUGUACCUUUCGUACUGUACAGUAGUAGUAGCGGCACUAGGGCUGCAGACGGCUCUUAGCGCUGCGGUAGCGCAGCCUGUCUUAUCGCUCGAGCCAAUCCCCCUGCAGCUGGUCAGAGUUCCAGUUCGAGGCGUCUCCCCCCAUUAUUUCCCUGCCCGUCUGCCACUCACAAAACACUCCGACCCAGCAAGGCCGACUGCCCCAAGUUCCCCCCCCCAGUCCCAGUAGUCUCCUCAAGUCUUCUCAAGUCCUCCCAAGUCCACUACUCCUCUCCCUCUCAGAGGCCAGCGAGCCAGCCCAGUAGUGCCCACACCUCGACUGCCCUGUCCUAGCCUACCGUCCUCCCCCUACCCUACCCUACCCUACCCUACCCUACCCUCCCCUCCCCUACCCUCCCCUCCCCUACCUUUCUGCCCGCCGCACUGUCUCUUUGGGCCUCCGGUUCUCCUUGUCCCUCUUGAACUUCUGCGACACCCCCAUUCACCUUCCAGACCUCUCCCUCCCUCCAUCCACUUACAACUACACCUACUCCACGCAUCCACACAUCCACAACCUCGAACCACCCACGCAUCCUCCCGACGCUCCUUCAGAAUUUAUAUCCUCAUUGACAAUACGAGAACAGCAUUGAGGCUCAAGCAUCCGCGUUCUCCCCACCCACCCACUGACCUCCACGCCCUGUCGCGCCCCCCCCCAAUAUCAGACUGCGCAUUUAUCCCACGCCGUCCUCAACUCCCGCCGCCAUUGUCUCUGCCACUGCCCGACGCGGGUCGCACGGCCACUCAGCACAGCGUUCCUGAAUUCUGGAUUCGCACAUUUGACUCCUCACAUCUCACAACCCAUUGCGACAACAUAUCCGCACCGCAUCAUACCACACACCUCACUCUUCCACUCGGCCGUCCAUCGUCCGCCCCCAUUCACGCAGCAUCGAGUCAUCCCGUCUUCACCCGUCUCAUACGUCUGAUACUUGAUACCUCCAAUUUCCACGACCUCUGCAGCAGCAUCGUCACGUCGCGCCGCCCAGUACUGUGAGCGCGUCCCUACGUUCGAUCCCCCCAGCGCCACGAUCGCAUCUGUCCUCGAGCUUCACUUUUGUACAACAGAGGCAUGAACGCGGUCCAACAACUUCCUGGCGCAAGCACCGCAUUCUCACAUCCUCACGCUCAACACUACUCGCUGUCAGAUCGCGCAACGUCUUUUACACCGCAGCAUGCCAUGAGCCCUUCUACCUUUUCCCAACCUGGCCAGGCCUUUCGUCCUUCCAAUAAUGGAUCGCAAACCCCUUAUCAGUCACUAUCAAUGGCUACUAUGAGUCCUUUCUCUGGAGACGGUGGAGCCAGCAGUGCGCAAGCAUCUUCCGGUGCAUUUACUUCCGGACCAUGCUCCGUUCAGAUCCGACGACUCCCGCUGAACACGACGGAGGACACUUUGAGAUUGAUGGUGGUUUGGUCCAAGGAAUUUACGGAGGCUGAGGUGUUAUCGCCCGAGAAGUCUGAAGACCCCGGCUUUCGUUCCGCGAUAUUGCGCUUCAAAUCCCAUGCAGGUGCCCUCGAGGCGAAGAAUAUGCUGGAUGGGAAACCUAAUGUUGCGAACGAUGCACAGAUGAUCGUCGAGAUCUUCUAUGGUAGCCCUACCGCAUCCCGACGAUACACCGUGGACAACACGUCGAAUCCUGGUCCCUCCAGUUCCACUUCUUCCACGGCUUCAUCUGCUGGCCCACCUCCACGACAAUCGUCACGAUUCAACGGUUCUUUCCAAACCGCGCAGAGAGUAUCACCAACUAACAACGGCGCAUACUCAAGUAAUGAACUUCCAAACCCCGAGAACAGUACCCACUAUCAGAGUCUUUUUUCUCCUCAGUCCCCAAUCGGAAACCAUUUGAACGAACGGACCCGGAUUACAGGAAAAUCACUGAUCAAUAACGACUCUGUUGAUGAUGAUGAGACUGGCGAACUCCUCAAGGAUCCAGUUGCGUAUGCCGAGAAUGGACCCGCCCAAGGACGCCGUCAGACUCUUCCUCAGCUUCCCAUCUCCCGGAUGGCUGGAUUGUCUCUCAACACAAAUGCUGCGGGCCCGGCAUCGAUUUCCUCUACGUUCGCUACUCCGACUCCACAUACGAUGUCAUCUCACACCAAUCCGAUGUCUCCAACGCUUACGAACGGCGGGCCACCGGUAAACUACCAGCUUGGAAGUCAGCACUAUCAACGACACAACUUUCCUCCAGUCAACCCUGCUGAUCAGAACCCUCCCUGCAACACUCUUUAUGUCGGAAAUCUUCCGAUCGAUACCUCUGAGGAUGAACUAAAAGCAAUGUUUUCGAAGCAACGUGGCUACAAACGCCUUUGCUUCCGGACCAAACAGAAUGGUCCGAUGUGUUUUGUCGAAUUUGAAGAUGUUUCUUUCGCAACGAAGGCUCUCCAUGAGCUGUACGGUCACCCACUUCACAACAGCAUCAAAGGAGGUAUUAGAUUGAGCUUCUCCAAGAAUCCUCUUGGUGUUCGUUCUGGACAAGGAAUGACUUCACCUGGACCUGCGAAUGUUCCAAUGCAGGGCAUGAACGGAUCGAUGCUAGGCGGACCAGGAGCAUCAUUCAGCACAGCCAGUGGUCCUCCACCAGGUCUGGCCGCACCUCCAGGACUCGCUCCGAAUAGAAUGCCGUAUACCGGUGCUAUGAGCCCCAUGAAUGGAGCCGCGACGCAAUACACAGCAAAUUCAUACCCAGGAAACAGCAACGGAUGGAAUGGACCGGUUUACAAUGGUACAAUGACCGCAGGAGGUCCAGCAGCAAUGCUGAACGGCGCAAACAAUGGGUUUCCUCCAGCAUACAUGAUGGGAAGAUAGAUUUCUCACACUGGAUUGGCGUUUUCGGGUCAUCUUUGUUCUUGGUGGCUUCACAUUCUACACGCACUCAUUCGAUUUGCCAAGCAUUGCACACACGGGCAUCUACGUUUUCUCUCUUUCUUUCUUCAAAUUCUUUCUCUUCACUAGGGCUACAUGGACAGGAGUUGGGUGUGGGUUGGGCUUGGGCUUCGGUUUCAGCAUUGCGGCAUCGGUCGGGAUUUGCAUUUCGCAGCAUUUCACAUAACUUUGUAGCGUGGUGUUUGUUUCAUGAUCAUGAGAUUCCCCCCCUACGCGCGUUCGGUUGAUAUGGGAGCUAAAUCGGUGUGGUGUGUGUGGGUGGAGUUGAAAUGAUAUGCAUGCAGCCUGACGGCCAAACGGACGGACGGACAGACAGAAACAAACGGACAUUCGCAUCGGGGGAUCUUGGAAAGGAAUGCAAAGCGCAGCAAGGCGAAGCUAAUGGAAAUGCAAGGCACGGCAAUUCGCGGAUGGGCAUGUUUAAACCGGUGUUUUUUUUUUCUUCUUCCUGUUAUAUUCCGUUGGAGCGACACCUGGGCUUUUCUACCUGGCUAUCUAUCUACCUGCCUGGCUGGCUUGAAUGUCUGCAUUUCUCACUCAUCAUGCAUACACUUUCAUCAUUCAUCAUUCAUCAUCGAUCAUCGAUCUGGCGCUUGUGCUUAUCGGAUUUUACGUAUUUUUGCAGUCAUUUCCACCUGGCGUUCAAUUUUUUUUGUCAAACUGUCAUUUUCGUGCACAAGGGGUUUUAAUUUUUUUUUCUCUCUCUCUCGUCCGAUCUUCUAUUUUCUCCCUCUUCCUCCUUCCACCUUCGAGCACAGGCAUAAUCAUUAUAUUUGCUUGCUUCAUUCUGCUCCCAUUUUUUUUUUUUUUUUUUGAUUUGGUUUGGUCUGGUUUUGGUUUUGGUGCAAAAACUUCAUCACAGCGAGAGAGGAUUGAUUGAUUGAUUGGUUUGAUUGCGCGUCGCGUUCCAUGUCACAGACAGAGAGAGAGAGAGAGAGAGAGAGAGAGAGAGAGAGAGAGAGAGAGAAA